AGUAGUAGUGGUAGUAGUAAUAGUAGUAGUAAUAGUAGUAGUAGGCAUAAUAGUAGUAGUAGUGGUAGUAGUAAUAGUAGUAGUAAUAGUAGUAGUAGUGGUAGUAGUAAUAGUAGUAGUAAUAGCAGUAGUAAUAGUAGUAGUAGGCGUAAUAGUAGUAGUAGUGGUAGUAGUAAUAGUAGUAGUAAUAGUAGUAGUAGUAGUGGUAGUAGUAAUAGUAGUAGUAGUAGUAGUAGUGGUAGUAAUAGUAGUGGUAGUAGUAGUAAUGGUAGUGGUAGUAGUAGUAAUAGUAGUAGUAAUAGCAGUAGUAAUAGUAGUAGUAGGCGUAAUAGUAGUAGUAAUAGCAGUAGUAAUAGUAGUAGUAGUGGUAGUAGUAAUAGUAGUAGUAGUAGUAGUAGUGGUAGUAAUAGUAGUGGUAGUAGUAGUAAUGGUAGUGGUAGUAAUAGUAGUAGUAAUAGUAGUAGUAAUAGUAGUAGUAGGCGUAAUAGUAGUAGUAGUGGUAGUAGUAAUAGUAGUAGUAGUAAUAGUAAUACUAGUAGUAGUAGUAAUAGUAGUAGUAGUAGUAGUAGUGGUAGUAGUAAUAGUAGUAGUGGUAGUAGUAGUAAUAGCAGUAGUAAUAGUAGUAGUAGGUGUAAUAGUAGUAGUAGUGGUAGUAAUAGUAGUGGUAGUAGUAGUAAUAGUAGUAGU